AUGAGGAGCAAUAACUAUUUAUUUAUUAUUGUAGUUGUGACUACUACGUUGCUAUUGUUGUUGGCUAAUUAUUCCAAUGCUACUGUGUUCAAGUCGGACAAGUACUUCAAGGUUGAAUCAAUUGGCAAGGAUUCUUAUAGAUUGACACAGGUCAAUAUCAAGAAUUCGAACCAAGAUGAUGUUGAUGAAUAUGAGAAUGUUGGCUCAUUUAGAGUAUCAUCAAUUGACUUCCCCUUGGAAUGGAGACAACGUCGUGUACUCGAUGAGCAAUCGAUACUGGACAACCCAGAGGACUUGAUCGUCAAGGGAGUAUUCUCACUUCAUGGAAAGUCCUACUCCUUCGUGCCAUCCGAGAUCUACAAGGCUCUGCCCUACCCAGAGGACAUGACUCCCACCGACGACUAUGACAACGACCAGACGUCCGCAAUGGAUGGCAGUGGCUUCUUCUACUUCUUGCAGGCUGGCUUCCCAAUGUGCCGUUUCAGAACAUGUAUCAACGCCAUCCAAGCGGUCAAUGUCAACGAUCCCAAGGACAAGACCAAGCUGGCUGUGUUCAGAGACCUCUAUCCAACGCUGCCAGGCUUCGAUGGUGAGUGGUACCGCGAGGCAGUCAACAACAAGAAGAUCAUGUUCCAACUGGAGUUUGAACGAGUUGGUGCCGCUCAUGUCCUGAAGGCCUAUGUCAAGCUGGAUCCACUGCAUGACUGUCCGAUGUUCAAGAUGGCCGCAUGUCCAGAAGGCCAGACGCAAGUGUAUAGUCGCAACGAGGAUCUCUGUCUUAUACCAGACCGAUGUGUUGAACCCAACUAUGAAUCAUGUCGAUUCGAUCCAGUUCCAAAGUGUGUCGCAGGCUACACCCUUCACCAAUAUGUCUCCGAACCCUCUGGAUGUCCCCAAUAUCGUUGUGAUCCAUCCUUCCUACCAUGUCAUCGUUGA